AUGCACCGGAAGGGGAGUCGCGGCUGGCGCGGCCAGGAGGACGGCGCGGACUCGGGGGCCGAGACAGGCGGGUCGGAAUACAGUCAUGUGUCCUCUUCUAGCAGUGACCUUUCUGUGAGGAGUAUACAGGACCCUUUUCUUGUUAGCGCACACAUAAUUGCAGAUCCUGGAGAAUCCAGUGCUCUUCAGCAAGCCAUCGAUAAUCUCUUGGUGUGGAUCCACCCAGACCUCCGACUCUUCCAGGUCUCAGAAAGGCGGGUACCAAGGACACCUAGGAAACGUGAUAAAGGUGCCAUUUCUCAGCCGGCCCUUGCAAUAAUUCUUUUCCUUCAAGAAGAAGAAGAUGAGGAGCCGAUCUUGCAGCUCCACAAGGCCUUUCAAAAGCCACCUUGGCAUUACCACCACACAGAGCAAGUGGGUGGCAAUUUCCUCCCUUACAUGCCUGGAGGCCAAGACUUCUUCAUCUUGGUUCAAGGGACUCCUUUGUGGGCCAUCCGACCAGUGCAUUAUGGGAAAGAAAUAAUACGUUUUACCAUCUACUGCAGUAAUGAAAACUUUGACAACAUUAUGAAGCUGUACGAAUUAGUACUGAGAAGACCGGUGUCUCAGAAAAGGGCAGACUUUUGCAUAUUUCUUAUAUAUUCCAACGUGGAUAUAGAUAUUCAGUUUUCCUUAAAGAGACUCCCAAGGGGCCACAUCCCAAGACCCACGGAUUCAGCUGUGCUGGAGUUUCGAGUGAGAGACAUUGGGCAUCUUGUACCUCUCUUGCCCAAUCCUUGCAGCCCAAUCAGUGAAGGCAGAUGGCAAACGGAAGAUCCUGAUGGGAAUAAGAUCCUUCUCCAGCAGGCCCGGCAUAAGAAGUAUGCUAAGCAGAAUAGAUGUUGCUGGCCCUCUCCGUCAAGGAAUCUUCCUGAUCUUCCGCUUCUAAGUUUUGUUCCUCACAGCGACCGAUUGACUCCUAACAAAACAAGCAACCUUUCAAAACCUGCUGAGUCUCUUACAUUUCACCACACCCAUCAGUGCAUUCGUGUUUCCCGCCAAGACUUGAGAAGCAGUGACCAAGAAUACUUUCCCAGAAGACCUGGCAGUGCCUGUGCCAACUCUGAUUUGUUUCAACGAAGCAGGUCUCUUGUUUGCUUGCCAACAACAAACUCUUCUUUGGGCCCUGAAGCUUCUCAUUUUAGUAGGCCAAGCUUAUUUUUGAGCACUUUCUCUUCUGGUUGCAAGACAAGAACCAGAGUAAAGAUUGAUGAUUUGGAAGGGGUUCAGGAGACUGAUGUAGAUACAGGGAUGACAGUUGCUUUCUCUGACCUAUCUGUGGUCUCGGCUUACUCAGUUCCCGAUGGAUUUAGUAAUGACUUAGAAGGGACAACAAAGUGCCCUGCACAAAAACAUGGUGUCAGUAGGUAUAAGCAAGCUGUCUCUGAUGGAAGAUCCAUUUCAACCAAGAGCAACCCUUUUGAGUUACCUUCCAGCCCCCUUCCUUUUCCUUUUGCUGGGUCUUCUAGCUCUUCUGCGUCAUCUUCAAUUGCUUCUUCAGGAGCUCGCUUUGAGAUCAAGUAUUUACCAAGGGGAUCGCUUGUUUCUUGGGACGACAGCCGGACAACAGGUGGUGGGAAAUCCAUUGAAGAAGAAUUCUUCAUCUGA